AUGCACCGCGCCCUCACCCUCCCUGAAGUCCUCCUCUCCAUAAUCUCUUACCUUCCCACCCGGGACCUCCUAACCUGCCAUGCCGUCUCAUCCGGCUGGCGCCGCAUCCUCGUCGCAAACCUACCCGCUCGAAUGCGUCCACUACCCGACACACCCUCCUCUCCUCUCCUCCAAAAACCCACGCUUGUCCUACCAGAUCCCAUACGCAGCCUAGCCCGUUCACUCAAUCUCCGGCCAAAAGAGCUCAUCGAUUGGAUCGCCCAGCCAGAGGUCGAGACUGAAUACCUGAACUGGCGGUUUGCGGUGACAGAUGAGCUGCAGGAAGCGUUGGGACCGUAUAUGCAUCCUUUGAUAGCGGCGCAUGCGUAUGAUUUGACGGGUGGGAUAGAAGAUGUAGCAAGGGGGCAGAUGGGUAUUUCCAUUGGGACAGAGAUGAAGCUAGAAGAGUUUGAACGGAUGCUUGAGAUAGGAGAUAGUGAAGAGGAAGGGAUGAAGUACUUGACGCAGCCAGUGACGAAGUAUGUGGAGGUGAGGUGUUUGGAUGGAGCGGAGUGGAAUGAGGAGUAUAUGAAUGUACGCACGACACAGGAUGACAAGGAGUGGUUGAGAAAAUGUGUUAGAGUUGAACGGGAAAGUGGGGUUAGAAUGUGUGAUGUUGUUGAUGAGUUGAGGGGGGUUAUUGAAGCUGAAUGGACCGUGCUGCAAGGAUGUGGUAAAGUGCUGCUGGAUUGGCGUAUGGGUCAUUGUCCCGAGAGGCAUGUUUUCUAUGCUUUUGAUCGUACGGGGUGA